AUGUCUACACGCAAGAAGAGAAAUAUUUCUCAUGAAACAAAACACAAAUUAGCAAUUGAUUUAACAAACAAGAACAAGGAUUUAAAACUAUUUCCUCAUCCAUUUUAUGAAGGUCAUUAUGGUGUAGGUUGUCAACCAAAAACUUUAAUAGAAUUAAAUAUGAUACGUUUGAGUGGUAUUAUUCGUUCAAAACCAAAAUGGUAUGAAAAAAUGAAUAAUAGAACAAUACGAAAUAAAUGGAAAAAAGAAACUUUAGAACAAAAUUCACUUACAGUUAAACAAAUUGAUUAUGUAUUAGAUGAAUUAGAAUAUUAUAAUUCAAUACGAGAUGGAACUAUGGAAAUGUCUUCUGUUGAUGGUGUAUGGCAAUCUGAUGAAUUAAUACCAAAUCAUAUCAAAGAAUCAUUAAUUACAUAUGUAUACAAAUUGGAAAAUAUACCAGAAAAUGAAAAAGAUUGGCAUCCUGGUACAAAUAAACAAAUAUUAGAUUUAGUUCAUCCAUCAUUAUUUUGUUAUGUUCAUCGGAUGACAAGAAUUAUUAAUGAUAAGAAUCGUAUUAUCAAUCUAGAUAAUGCUUUAGAACAUAUUAGUGAUGGAGAAAUUAUUGAUAUUAAUGCAAAUGAGUUAUUUUCGAAAAAUAAACGACAAAAAACAUUAACUAAUUAUGCUCGAUCGAAUGAAUUUCAAUGGUUACCAACUGAAUUUAAUAUUUCAAAUGAUGGUCAAGUUAAAAUUGAAUCAUAUAUCAAUAAUCUACAUCCAAUUGAACAUAAAGAUCUAUAUAAAUUAAUUGAACAAAUAUUUCAACGUUUAAUACCUUUAUUUAAUAAAGUUUUAACUGAUUUAAUUGAUAAUAAAAAUAAACCAAAUCGAAUCAUUGUUGAUCCCUAUGGAUGGUAUAAGGAUUCUAGUCCACUUUAUGAUGAUGAGGAAGAAGAAGAUACUAGACCUGUUAUAUUACCUGAUGUUGAAAAAUUUCAAAUGUCAUCAUUAACAUCAUCAACAAGUUCAAAUAUUGAUUUACGUGGACGAAAAUUACAAGUAAUUGUUAAAUUAGCUAAUAUUGUAUUAACACCAGAUAAUCCAAUAUAUCCUGGAGGUGUAUGGCAUGUUGAAGGAAUGGAAAAUGAACAUAUUGUUGCAACAGGAAUUUUUUAUUAUUCAAAUUCGAAUAUUACACAAUCAGAUUUACAAUUUCGAACAGUCAUCAAAGAACCAGAUUAUCCACAAAAUGAUGAGCGUGGUGUACAAACUGUUUAUGGUUUAAAUGAUGAAGAACCACUAAAUCAAAUGUUAGGUGAAAUAAUUACACAAGAAAAUCGUUGUAUUGUAUUUCCGAAUAUUUAUCAACAUCGUGUUGCACCAUUUCAAUUAAAAGAUCCAACUAAACCAGGUUAUCGUAAAAUCUUAGUAUUCUUUUUAGUUGAUCCAUCUAUUCGUAUAUUAUCUACUGCUAAUGUUCCACCACAACAAUCUCAUUGGUUGAUUAAUAUUAUACGUUCAAUACCACCAUUUAAUAAAUUAACAUCCAUAAUUGUAGAUAAAAUUAUAAAUUAUAUUGAUUUUCCAAUGAAUAUGAAUCAAGCAAAACAAUAUCGUGAAAAAUUAAUGAAUGAAAGAAAAUAUUUUAUUUCACAAAAUAAUGAAUUACUAUUUGAAAGACCAUUUUCAUUAUGUGAACAUUAA